AUGCAUCAGCAUGGCAUUAGAGCACAGGCACUCUAUCGUGUGAAUGUCUCUUCAAGCUGCUCACGCACCCGGGCCUCCUCCUCCCAUCUCCGUGGAAUUUCGAGAGCGAGCACGCCGCCGAUCGCGCCACCCACCCACCCAUGGGCGAGCACCGGGCGGAGGAGGAAGGCGCCCGCAUCCUGGGCGGCGCUGCACAAGCUCUCCGUCUGCUGCCCGAGGCUCCUCCGCGUCGGGGUGCUCCUCGAGCCCACCGGCGACUUUGGCCUCAAGCUCGACAUCGGGCCCGACGUCCCCAUCCGUGCCCUCGAUGGUGACUCUAUCGCAGCCGCCUUUGUCGAGGGGCUCGAGGCCACGGCCACGUCCCGCAACCGCACGGCCGACAUCGCGGCCGACGCCGUGGCCCAGGGCGGCGCCGGCAACUCCACCGACGCCGCAUGGUCGCUCUACGAUGACAUGUACCUGGACGUGGCCUGCGACUGCUCGUCUGAGCCGCAGAUCCCGCCUGCUGUCGCUGCCCCGGACCCUGGCACGCCACCGGCCGGGCCGACGAUCCGCGACGCGAAGGAAGAGGAGGAAGCAGCCGCCACCGAUGCCUCCUGCAGCGUGGCCCGGUGCGGCGUGGUGGCCGGGAGCCGGCGGCACCCGCGGCGGUGGCUGGGCACGGUGGGCGCGCACCUAGCGUCAGGGUCUUGGACGCUGAGCCGUGAGCAGAGGAACAAGCUCCUGGCCAGCCGGUUCCGCGGCGACCAGCUGUGCGACUGGCUCGGGUGCGUGCACGCCGAGGAGUGCCGCAAGUACAUGGCCUUCCGCGGCGAUGUCCAGCGGUGA